AUGGGACGAGCGCGGGGGGUCGUGUCGGCGCUGGCGCUGGCGCUGGCGCUGGGCGUCGCUGCGCGCUCGCAGCCAGACACUUGCCUCCUGCCCAAGGCUGUGGGCCGGUGCCGGGCCUCCUUCCCCCGGUGGUGGUUCAAUGCCAGCAGCCAGGAGUGCCAGCAGUUCAUCUUCGGCGGCUGCAAGGGCAACGCCAAUAACUUCCUCACGCCGGAGGACUGCCGCCAGAAGUGCAGCUCAGAGUCCUGUGCCGCACCCCCAGCUGUCGGCUCCUGCCGCGCCUCCUUCCCACGCUGGUACUUCGACACAGAGACCCAGACAUGCAGGAAGUUCAUCUACGGAGGCUGUGGGGGAAACAAGAACAACUAUCUCUUCCAGGAGCAGUGCCUGAGGCAGUGCUCUGGGGCCGGAGAGACAAGCCACGGGCAGGAGGAGCCUCACACCCACCCGCACUCCUUCGCUGGCCCCCUGGUCCACCCAGUCAGAGUGGCCGUGGUCGCCGUGCUCCUGGCCGUCAUGGUGACCGUGCUGCUGGGGACCGUGGUGCUCUUUGUCGCCAAGAUCUGGAAGAGCCGGCAGCUCUCUCUGGGCCCGGUGUGGAGCACGCUGGACGACAAGGAGCGCCUGAUGAGCAACGCCUACACGCUUUGAGGGCAUGGCGGAGGUGAUCUUCCUGUGCCGCUGGAGGCCCAGCCACAUGCGUUUUGUGCUGCUUGGCUGUGUCUCCGCCCCAGUCUUCCUGCCCUCCAGGAUCCUUCAUUUCCGCAUGGGUGCCUGCAGUCCUUUCUCUGGAGCAGCAGUGGGCCUUCAAGCAAGAGAACCCUUGUAUAGCAUUGAGUGAUUUUUUUAUACUUAAGGAAAUUUGAUUGUUUGAAAUCUUUUGCAACUGUUCUUUUUAAUUAUCUUUAAUACUGGGAGAACUUUGAAUAAAACAAUAAAUCUAAAUUGUAUUGUGGUAUGAAUCACAUUGUU